GACACCAUUGCAUGUUCUUCUCUCGGUCGGCCGCAGUCAGGGCCAUCCCUUGGCAGUUUGCGCAGUCGAACAGGGGUAUAUGUUGCUUUCGAGCAGCCCGGAAUGCCCGUCUGAAUCCAUUUGACCGUGGCUUCUCAACCACGACACGCUGGCUGGACGAGCCCACAGAGGCCAUCAAGGCGGCACCUACAGAGUCUUCAGCCAGAUCAGAGAAUCCCGCAGGUCAGGUCGUCGAUAAGCCGCAUGCUUGGGAGAAGUAUGCCGACAGGGUACAUCCAAAACUGAGAGAGACCCUCAGAAGUGUCUUCAGAUACACACACAUGUCCCCUGUGCAGCAGAUCAUUGUCGGCAAGAUGCCGUUUACUCAGGAUCUUCUGGUAAGAUCGCAAACAGGAACAGGCAAGACUCUCGGGUUUCUCAUUCCCGCAGGGCAAAAACUCUUAGAGCGUGAUGAUGAGCUGGCCAAGACUCUUUCAAAGAGGGCACUCAAGGAAUACGGCAACAAGAAUGCAUCGUGCUUGAUCAUUUCCCCUACCAGAGAACUGGCUUCUCAGCUUGCAACGGAGGCCCGCAGAUUAUUUGCGCAUCAGGACAGCAACUACAAGGCACUUUUGCUCAUUGGUGGCGACAAGCUCAAGGACACGCUCAAACUCAUGCUGCGCGAACGCAAUGAUUUCAUCGUUGCUACACCAGGAAGGCUGAUGCAGUUGCUCAGGGAGGAGCCCGACUUCCGAGAUCGGAUUGCGAGUAUCAAGACUGUCAUCUUCGAUGAAGCCGAUACUUUGCUUGACUUUGGAUUUCGUCGAGACUUGGAGGACAUUGUUACCUACUUACCAAAGGAACGACAGACAUUCUUGUUCUCUGCAACCCUGUCCCCAGAGGUCAAGAGCAUCGCCAGGUCUUUCAUGAAGAAUUACGAAUACAUCGACACGACACCCAAGGAUGGCGCCGGCGCACUCACGCAAAUCAAGCAGCAGUAUAUGAUCGUUCCUCUCGCAGAGCAGCUUCAUGUCACCCUGGAUCUCAUCAAUGAAACUCUCGCCAACAAGGCCUCUGCCAAAGUCAUCGUCUUCCUGCCGACAACCACGCUCACUGUGCUUUAUCGACAAGCAUUCUCAGUUCUCCGGCAACUGUACAAGGCAGAGCAUGUGCAGAACUUUGCUAUCCACUCGCUACUGCAGCAGGAAAAACGAAGUAAAGUGUCAAAGGCAUUUCGAGAAUCUGCCUCUGGCACUGUCCUCUUCUCGACGGAUGUAUCAGCUCGUGGCGUCGACUAUCCCGGCGUCGAUUUGGUCAUUCAAUUGGGUGCUCCUCGCGAUACAGACAUCUACACUCACAAGGUUGGACGAACAGGCCGAGCCGGCAAAUCGGGUCGCUCGGUUUUAAUGCUGGAUCCAAUUGAGCAGAGAUUCCUUAAAACGCUGCCGUCUGGUCUAACCAUCACUGAGCUUUCAAAGGACGAAAUCACCCACGCGAAAGACAGAGAGUCGUCGACAACGCAAGCAGUCUACGCAGAAGCCGCAAGAUUCGUCUCCUACGGGUCAGUGCUGAGCUCUGCCUUCGGGCCUUACCACAAUGCACUCUCCGCCAGGAGACGGGACUUUGGAUACAAUACAUCUCAGGUUGAAGCCGCAUUGGAAGCAUGGUGGUACUCUUUGUCGGUCUUGCCUGUACCGACAGUGCGAGCUGCACCAGGAAGAGGUCAACGCGGCGCUUCAGGCAAUGGUUCAGCAGAAAGAAGAAGUGAGUCCUCAUCUAUGUCUCGAGACGCCUCAGGCUAUUCGACAGGCCCUAGGUCCAGAGGCCCGCCUACUUAUUCUAGGGGCAAUUUCGCUUAUUUCCGACAUGAAACUUUCGGCACGCCUCGCCCCAAACAGUAUGGUCGGAAAGCCAUGCUGAAUGGUUCCUACGCACCAAAAUAUCCAUCAGGGAUUAGGGAGGAAGUAGCGACCGGUGGCAUUAGAGGCCGAAGAACCACCAACCGAUGGACUUGAGACGGCUGGUUUCAUUGCAUAGCAUAGUAUUGAAAAUGUAAUGAAUUUCAUUCCUGUACUGUUGAAGCUAUAUCCCAUCUCCCAG